AUGACGGAAGUCAACGUUUGCAGCAGCAACUCCACAACAGGAGAAGCUCUUCAAGAGGAUCCAUCGUCGUCUCUUCCUCAAGAGCCAUGCUUUGGUGAUUACUCUAUAUAUCGCCACGAAGAGGUGGAAUCCAAGUUUUUGUCUACAGCAGCAUCAUCAUCAUCAUUGGCACCCGAUACCCUCUGUUGGGUCCUUCUCAGCAAGGGACGAAAACGAAACAAAGCAAGUCAAGACAGUGAAGGAGAACAACGAAAACAGCUCUUGUCCAGAGCAUGGAUCGUGGGCUCUUCUUCUUCCGAACAACAACAAGAUGGACGCAUCUUGGUACGAUACCCCAAGGGAUCGACCUACCGAGUCAAACGUGAAAAUCUACUCCCCGUCUUGAUGCAUUCCAGUUUGAUUGUGGUAUUGGCCGAAACCAACCUUUAUCGACGCUUUGCCGUAGUGCAUACACGACCCAAUGAUGCCUUUACGGAAAUUGGGUGCGAUGUGGGGAUAUUAGUGCAUCGGAUAUGGGAACAUUCAACGUGUCCCCAAUACGUCAGUGGCAUGGACAAGGCACCCGAGGAUAUUGCACAAGCGCAACAACGAUAUCCAAACUGCAAGUUUGUCACUUGGAAUGUGCCAUUGUUACAAACAUCACAAGAACAAGAUACUACUAGUACUGACAAUCACAAUCCACCACUGCCCAUGGAUUUGUUUCCACAAUCGAGAAAAGAGCUCGUCGUCGCCAUUGAUAUCAAUGGCAAUCGAGAAUUGGAAGCUGUUCAACAUUGCAUUCGAAUUGUCAUUCAAGAGUGGAAACCAAGGCUUAUCAUUGUCAAAUCCAGGGAAUUGUACGCGCAGUUGGGGGGAUCGCACAAGCGUCAAGACAAAACGGAUAGCUAG